AUGUCUUCCGCCGCAGGCUAUGCCCGCUCUUCCCAACGAGCCUCCGUCUCGCCGCUUCGCUCGCGGAAGUCGCCGGCGGGACCCGUCAAACCAGCCGGACGAACUACCACACCUUCCGCUUCCUCCACCUCGUCGAGGCAGUCGACCAAGGCCUCCGUCUCCCCGGUGUCCACCACAACUGUGGCCGAUGUGAGCAAGGCGAAGGAGAAUGUCACUGUCACCGUCCGGUUCCGACCCCUCAGUGGGAGAGAAAUUAAUAAAGGGGACGAGGUGGCGUGGUAUGCGGAUGGGGAUCAUAUAGUGAGGAAUGAGUACAAUCCUUCCAUUGGUUAUGGCUUUGAUAAGGUAUUUGGGCCUGCAACAACAACUCGGCAUGUUUAUGAUGUGGCUGCUCAGCAUGUUGUCAGUGGUGCUAUGGAAGGGAUUAACGGUAAUGAUUUGCUUCUAUUUAUGCAUGUACACAUGGUUGCGCAGGGGGAGCAAAAAUCACCUGGAAUUAUCCCACUAGCAGUGAAGGAUGUCUUCAGUAUUAUACAAGAGACUCCUGGAUGCGAAUUCUUAUUACGUGUCUCGUAUCUUGAGAUUUACAAUGAGGUCAUUAACGACUUGCUGGAUCCAACUGGGCAGAAUCUAAGAAUACGAGAGGAUGCUCAGGGUACUUAUGUUGAAGGAAUCAAAGAGGAAGUUGUGCUGUCUCCUGCUCAUGCCCUUUCUUUGAUUGCUACUGGAGAAGUUUCCAAAAUAAUGCAGAGCAUAGACACGUGGGCUCAAACAAUUUCAAUCUUGUUAGCAGCCGAAGCCACACUAUUUUCACCUUGGUCUGCACUAGUUACUUUACAGACUGUUGAAAGCAGUUCACGAGGGGAAAAUAUAGGGGAAGAGGAUAUAGCAUUGUCCCACCUGAGCUCCUUCUCCUCCCCGCCCCCCUUCCUCCUUUUCCAGCACUUAAUUGAUCUUGCAGGGUCAGAAAGUUCUAAAACCGAAACAACUGGUUUGCGAAGGAAAGAAGGUUCCUAUAUAAAUAAAAGCUUGCUUACUCUUGGAACGGUGAUUGCUAAAUUAACAGAUGGAAAGGCAACUCAUAUUCCUUAUCGAGAUUCAAAGCUCACUCGAUUGUUACAAUCAUCCCUUAGUGGCCAUGGACGGAUUUCUCUCAUUUGCACAGUUACUCCCGCUUCUAGCAGUAGUGAAGAGACACACAACACAUUAAAAUUUGCUCACCGGAGUAAGCAUGUUGAAAUCAAAGCUUCUCAAAAUAAGAUUAUGGAUGAGAAAUCUCUGAUCAAGAAGUAUCAGAGGGAAAUUUCUGAGUUAAAGCAGGAGCUUCAGCAUUUAAAGCGUGGCAUGGUUGAGAAUCCCAAUAUGGCCACAUCUUCACAAGAAGAUCUGGUUACUUUGAAGCUCCAGGUUUGUGCUGAGGCAUAUGUCUUGGGUCAUUUAAAAAGUGUCACUGUAAUUGGUGGGAGACUUAAGUCUGGCCAAUCCAAAUUGAAGUCAAGAUUGGAAGAGGAAGAACAAGCUAAAGCUGCACUGAUGGGAAGAAUUCAGCGUCUAACCAAAUUAAUCUUAGUUUCUACAAAGAACGCAAUGUCAUCAAGCAUUCCAGAAAGGCCCAGCCAUAGAAGAAGGCAUUCUUUUGGAGAAGAUGAGCUAGCAUAUUUACCAGAUAGAAAACGUGAGUCCUGGAUUAAUGAUGAUGUAGGGAGCCAUGCUUCAGUUCCUUCACCAGAAGAAAAGGAUGAGGUUACCAAUUUUGAUGAAUUAGGGAAGGAUUACAAAAGAAGCAAAAGGCGUGGAAUGCUUGGUUGGUUGAAGCUAAAAAAACCUGAUAAUGUUGAUGGAUUAUUGCCAAAUGUUGAUAGUGAGGGGUCUGCAAAUGGGUCACCUGCAUCUGCUUCAAAAUUAACUCCAACUAGAGUUAUGCUUUAUGACAUGAAAGAUUCACGCAGGAAUUCAGUCAGCAGAAAGGACAAUGCCCCAGCUGUCAGUUCUUUUCCAGGAAGAACUCAAGCUGGUGAUUUGUUCAGUGUAACUGUUGGUGGUCGGCAACUUCCUCCGACUGGGACUACUGUUACAGAUCAAAUGGAUCUUCUGCGGGAACAAGUAAAAAUGUUGGCUGGAGAGGUGGCAUUCUGUAUUAGUUCUCUGAAAAGACUCUCAGAGCAAGCUGCUAACAAGCCUGAAGAUAUCCAAUUACAAGAGGACAUGCAUAAGUUGAAGGGUGAAAUAAGUCAAAAGAAGAAUCAGAUCCGUAUCCUAGAGCAACGGAUGAUUGGAUCCCUAGGACAUGCACCAAGUAAUAGCGAGAUAUCUCAGGCUCUAUGCAAGCUUACCACUGAACUGAAUGAAAAAUUUUUUGAACUUGAGAUCAAGUCUGCAGAUAACAGGAUACUUCAAGAGCAAUUGCAGUUGAAGAAUGUAGAGAAUGUUGAGAUGCAAGAGACAAUUAUUUCACUAAAGAAACAGAUAAAUUUGUUGGAUAAAACCUCAACUAAUUAUCACCACGUUGCUGAUAAUGAAACUGACUGUUCUAGAGACGUAUUGGGAAAGUCUGGUGAAGCACAAUCAGUCAAAAACGUGAAUGUAAUAGGCACUCAAGCACAGGAAGGAAGUAGUGAUGCAAUUAUAAGUUCCCAAAUUCUUGUGCAGGCAGCUGAAAUAGAGAAUUUAAGGCAAGAGAAUGUGAGAUUGGUGGAAGAGAAAGACGGGCUUGAAAUUCAAAGCCAGAAACUUGCAGAGGAAGCUUCAUACGCAAAAGAGUUGGCGGCAGCUGCAGCAGUUGAACUCCGAAACCUGGCUGAAGAAGUGACUAAACUUACAUACGAAAAUGCAGAGCUGAGUGGUGAUCUGGCAGCUGCAAAAGAGACAUUUGGUAAAUCAAAUUUGUCUCCAACAUCUUAUGAAAGCAAGCAAAAUAUUAAUAAUAGUUUUCAACGAGAUGGUAAAUCGAAAAAGCUGGGGAAUGAAUUUCUUAUUGAGGAGUUGCAGAAGGACCUUAAUGCUAGACUCCAAAGAGAAGCUGCAUUAGAAUCAGCUCUAUCUGUGAAAGUCGAAAUAGAAGCUGAACUAAGAAGAACACUUGAUGAAAUAAAACACCAAAAACAAGAUUUGGAAUAUGAGCUUACAAGCAUGCAGAUACUGAUGUCAAAGAUGAGCAAGUCUGGCAUGAAUGUUGAGGACAAGUCAACAGUUCAUGUGCCCAAUGAUGCACAAACCAAGGUUAAACAUGGAUAUCCAACAUCUAAUGGUCACUCUCGUAGAAAACAAUACCAAGAGAUUGAAACUUUAGGAAGCAUGGUAGAUAUGAAAGCAUUGGAAGAGCUGAGGGCUAAUUAUCAAAUAGAGAGAAGAAGAUGCAAGGAACUUGAAAGUUAUCUUUCUAUAUUCAAGGGUGAGAAUAUCGCUGGUCUGGAUGUUAUGGCUCUUGAAGAACUACAAAACCUUCAUAUUGAGGCAAUAACAAGGAUUUGCCAUGCAAAGUACGCAAAUCAAAACUUGUAG